AUGCUACAGAUUCGCCCUGGUGAUCAAUCUCUUUUUCUUCGAGGAGGUCGUCUCUUACAGCAGUAUGUUGUAGAUAAUUACGUGAAGAUUGAGUCCAACAAAUUAAGAUGGAUACGUACUCAUCAGAAUCACAUUCGAGCAGAUUUUUAUCAAGGUCUUCUAGAUGCAAUACAUGCUGGUGAAAAUUAUGGAGGUAAUGUUGGUCGUAGAACAAUAUUGCCAUCGUCAUUUGUUGGUAGCCCACGAGACAUGUAUCAGCGAUAUCAAGAUGCAAUGGCUCUGGUCCAAAAGUAUGGAAAACCUGAUCUUUUCCUUACGAUGACCUGCAAUCCAAAUUGGCCUGAAAUUAAAGCUGAGUUGCUACCUGGACAGUCACCACAUGAUCGUCCUGAUUUGCUAACAAGAAUAUUUCAUUCAAAAUUUGAUGAGAUGAAGACUGACAUUCUUACAAAACAUGUACUCGGUAAGGUUCUGGCAUAUGCAUAUGUUAUUGAGUACCAGAAAAGAGGCUUACCACAUGCCCACAUGGUCAUUAUUUUGGAUGAAAAUGAUAAGUUACGCACUCCUGAUGAUUAUGAUAACAUUGUCAGAGCUGAAAUUCCAGACAAGAGAUUAGAGCCUAGAUUAUACAGUGUAGUUCUGAAACACAUGAUACAUGGCCCAUGUGGAAUAAGAGAAGGGGAGUCAGUUCCUGUAGAGAGUAAUCCAAGCGUCUUGGUGGAUAAUAGUUGGGUCAUUCCAUACAACCCAUGGUUGCUCUUGAAAUAUGAUUGUCAUAUCAAUCUUGAAAUUUGCAGUAGUGUUACAAGUGUGAAGUAUUUAUACAAAUAUGUUUAUAAAGGGCCUGACCGUGUUGCACUAGAAGUUCGUCAAGGUCCUAAUUAUGACGAAGUACAACAGUUCAUAGAUGGAAGAUGGGUUUGUGCUCCAGAAGCAUUGUGGAAAAUAUUCAAAUUCUCAAUGACCAAAAUGACUCAUAGCGUAGAACGCUUCCAAAUACACUUACCAAAUAAGCAGCAAGUGAGGUUUUAUACGUUCCAAGACAUCAAAAAUGUUUUAGCCGAUGAGUAUUAUUCCAGAACAAUGCUUACCCAAUUCUUUCAAUUAAAUGUUGAUGAUGAAACUGCGAAUCGAUACUUAUAUCGAGAGAUACCGCAACACUAUAGAUGGUGCAAUAGCGCAAAGAUUUGGCAGUUAAGAUUGAACCAUCAAAGAGUAAUUGGUAGAAUUUACACAGUUUCGCCAUCAGAAAAGGAGAGAUUUUACUUAAGAAUUUUACUCAAUCAUAUCCGAGGACCAAAAUCAUUCGAUCAUUUGUUAAUGGUUAAUGGAAUUGCGUACCCAACUUUUAAACAAGCAGCUGAACAUCAUGGUUUGUUAGAGCAUGAUGAUAGCAUACGACAAUGUUUGUUAGAAGCUGCAACCAUGCACAUGCCAUCAGCUUUAAGGAGAUUGUUCGUUACAAUUUUGGUUUACUGUGUACCAACAGGGGUGCGAAGUUUGUGGGAUGAAAUUUAUCCUUACUUGAUUGAAGAUUACAUAUCUUCAAACAGUAUGAAUAAUAUGUAUAUCCUUAACAAAACCCUGCAAGAUAUAAACCGUCUCCUACUACAGUAUAAUAAGAACAUAUCAGAAUACGAUUUGCCUGAGAUGACAAUAAAUUUGGAUGAUAAUUCAACAGUUCCAAAGGUCAUACAAGAUGAGUUUUCCAUUGUAACUCCUCGAGAAGACUUAAAUUCUAUUGCCACAUUAAAUAGUGAUCAACACUUAGCAUUCAAUUCAAUCAUGGAGGCUGUGGAAUGCAAUACUGAUGCAAUCUUCUUUGUGGAUGGCCUAGAAGGAAUUGGAAAGACAUAUUUAUAUUGUGCACUAUUGGCCUCAGUGAGAAGUCAAGGGAGAAUUGCCAUUGCAACAGCAACUUCUGGAAUUGCAGCUACACUUUUACCUGGUGGAAGGACAGCCCAUUCAAGAUUCAAGAUCCCCUUAAAUCCAGAGGCUUCGUCCGUGUGUUCCAUUACUAAACAAUCAGAUUUGGCAGAACUGAUUAGACGUGCAACAGUCAUCAUUUGGGAUGAAGCUACAAUGACAAAUCGUUAUGCUUUUGAAGCCUUGAAUCGAACACUCAUAGACAUCACUGGUGUUGAUUGUCCAUUUGGUGGCAAAAUUAUGGUGUUUGGUGGUGAUUUUCGACAAGUACUUCCACUUGUUCCUAAAGGUACAAAAGCGGAAACUAUUGCUGCAUCGAUAGUCAAAUCACCUCUUUGGAGUCACAUUCAAAUACUUCGUUUAAAGCAAAACAUGUGCUAUAUAAAUGACCAACAGUUUGGUGAAUUUCUUUUAUCUGUUGGAAAUGGUGUACAACCUACCAUUAUAGAUGAAAUGAUCAAAGUACCAUCAACUGACCCCGGCAGUACCCAAACCAAAUCCAACCAUUUCAAUAUAUCAAUCCACACUUUCCUAACCAAAGGAUAG